CUGCUUUUGGUAUUGAGUUGCUGCCUGGUAGGGAAAGCAACAGCAACAGCAGCAGUAACAGCAGUAACAGCAGCAGCAGCAGCAGGCAAGCGAAGGAGGAGGUGGGGAGAAGGUCCCUGGGCAGAGCAGGGAGGAGAGGAGGUGCUCAUUGCUUUGGUGACCUCUCUGGUGUUCAUGUGAUACAUGAUUCAUGUUGCUGCCUCGAUAACAUGCUACAACCCGAAGUACAGUUACUCAUGAACAAAUUCAAGACCAGUCACGUGUAAAGAAGUUCUGCACCCUCCUUUCCUUCUGCCAUGUUCUGUGGCUCUCAACACAACGAGGGUUUGUCUUCAUGAAGAUUCCCAAUCUUGGUAAUGUGAUGAAUAAAUUUGAGGUCCUUGGGGUUGUAGGUGAAGGAGCGUAUGGAGUGGUGCUUAAAUGUCGACACAAGGAAACAAAAGAAAUUGUGGCUAUCAAGAAAUUUAAAGAUAGUGAAGAAAAUGAAGAAGUCAAGGAGACGACCCUGCGAGAACUUAAAAUGCUUCGCACCCUGAAGCAAGAAAAUAUAGUGGAGUUGAAGGAAGCAUUUAGAAGACGAGGAAAAUUAUACCUAGUAUUUGAAUAUGUUGAAAAAAACAUGCUUGAGUUGCUGGAAGAAAUGCCGAAUGGAGUGUCUCCAGAAAAGGUGACAAACUACAUUUAUCAGCUAAUCAAAGCAAUUCACUGGUGUCACAAGAAUGAUAUUGUUCAUAGAGACAUCAAGCCAGAAAAUCUUUUAAUUAGCUAUAAUGAUGUCCUUAAGCUGUGCGACUUUGGGUUUGCACGGAAUCUGUCUGAAGGCAGCAAUGCCAACUAUACAGAGUAUGUGGCUACAAGGUGGUACCGCUCUCCGGAAUUGCUUCUUGGGGCUCCAUAUGGAAAGGCUGUUGACAUGUGGUCUGUGGGCUGUAUUCUAGGAGAGCUCAGUGACGGGCAACCCCUUUUUCCUGGGGAAAGUGAAAUCGACCAGCUGUUCACUAUCCAGAAAGUUCUAGGACCCCUUCCAGGAGAGCAGAUGAAACUCUUUUACAGCAACCCUCGUUUCCAUGGAAUGCGGUUUCCUGCCGUUAAUCAUCCUCAAUCACUGGAAAGACGAUAUCUGGGAAUAAUAAGUAGUGUUUUGCUUGGCCUAAUGAAGAAUUUGCUGAAGCUGAAUCCAUCUGAUAGAUUCCUGACCGAACAGAGCUUAAACCAUCCAGCAUUCCAAACCCAGAGGCUCUUGGAUCGUGGUGGAACCUCUCCUUCUAGGUCAUCGAAGAGGAAAACUCACCAUUCUGACAGUAACUCAGCUAGCAGAAAACCGUCUAGCAAAACCUCUUCAGUUCAGCCACACCACCGAUCAAACAGUAAAGAUACACAGACGCUUUCAGUUGGACCAAAACGAAGUGAAGAACCUCAUCCUCCAAAUGAAACCUUUAUAAAUGGAGCGCAUCCUGCAGGAUCCCAUAGCCCAACAGUCCACCAAAAAAAACCGAAUCAGAGUGGGCCAGGCAACAAGGACCCUGCCAGCAACAACUUACCGCAUCUGCUUAGUCCAAAGGAAGCAAAGUCCAAGAAUGAGUUUGAUUUCAGUCCUGAGCAAAAGACUUCAGAUGUACCGGGGACCAAAUACAUGAAAUCAAGUUCACGUUCUCAGCAUAAUCGGCAUUCGUUCAUGGAAGGAAAAACAGGAAGCUGGCAGAAGGGCGAAAAGCAUAACCGCCACGGCUAUAUUGAUACCAUUCCUCAGUCAUCAAAGAAGAGCAGUUCCUACAUGAACUAUUCCAAAACUCAUGGUGUCCUGACAGACUCUAAAUCAGUUGGCAAUCUUAGUGAAGCCAGAGGCCAAAUAUUAGAACCCAACAGUAGAUAUUUUCCGUCUAGUUGCCAUGACUUAAACUCUCCAACAAGCCCAGCAGCCCCGAGGCAUGGGGACAGUAGAGGCAUGCUAAGCCCCUCUGGGAGAACAAAUAGAAAAGAGGGAACUUUGGAGUCUCGAAGACCCACCACAAAACACUCAAGAACCAUGGAAGAGCUGAAACUUCCUGAUCAAAUGGACAGUAGUCAUUCCCAUUCUCUGUCAGCUCCACAUGAGUCUUUUUCCUAUGGCCUUGGUUAUACUAGUCCUUUCUCCUCACAACAACGCCCUCACAGACACUCUAUGUAUGUAAGCCGGGACAGAGUGCGGGUUAAGGGUACAGAUGCAGGACUAAAUGUUGCUCAGGGCAUGGCAUCGAGAGCCAGUAGUCUCCAGCUAUUAUCACCUCAGGUACAGCAUCGAACUUUGACAAGGUCUGUUGGAUCUUCAAGGGAAGAUUGUACAGAAGACACUACUACUAGGCAGGGUGACCAGGUUCCAUCUGAGGUGACCCACUCAAGAACAUUAGCUAAAGACCCCAACAGAGAUGGUGCAGCUUCAUUACACACGCGACAAAAGACUGAGGGAGGUCCAUACCAUGAUUCUCAUCCUGAUGACGGAGCUUCAUCUAAAGAAAAUCGGCACACAUACAGUGAGACAGUUCCCAGACGUGUCGGCAGCUUCUACAGAGUUCCAUCGCCGCGCCCAGAGGGUACGUUUCAUGAAAACACCGUAUCAAGUCGUGGCUCUUCUCAUCCAGUUGAUGGCGGUGGGGUAACAAACUCCAAGAGGCAGACUACAUUUGAUCACUGGACAGGGGUGGAAAAAAGCCAUUCUGAACAAAUGAAGGAGAAGCAGGGAUUUUUCCGAGUUAUUAAAAAGAAAAAGAAGAAAUCUCAAACAACAGACUCCAAUGACUCUGAGAAACCGAGACUCAAGAAAAGCCUCUUCCCACUGUUUAGUUCAAAGAACCAUUUAAAGCGCAGCUCUUCUCUGAAAAAGCUGCCUGUAGUCAGUCCUCCAAUGAUGCCUAGUUCUGAUGGGCAAGAUCAUCUCCCUGGUCAGAAAGGUGGGCAUUCUUCAAGUCACAAAAGCAGCCGGCAAAAAGAGUGGCGCCCAGACAAGAUGGCAGAAAUACAUUCCCACAGUCAACCAUUAAAAUCUCUUUGGAAACUUCUGCAUCCAUGUUCGUCCUCAAACCACCCAAUGCCACCAGAUCCUCGUUUUCAGCCUUUGCCAAAUCAGCCACCGAAAACCCCGUCCUUCCCUGAAGCUAGGAUUCAUCCUGUAAGUCAGACUUCAAGCAGCGCAGGAGUUGUCCAUCGGCAGGAUCCACAGCCAAAAAGCAGACAAGGUCUUCAAAUGCCUGGCCAAGCUGAACCUGUUUGGCAUGUUUCACCCUUAAACAGAGGGACCAAUGAAGGAGCUCCUUUUCCUGACCAGCUAGCUUCAAAAACUGGACAAAAUGGGCUCCCCUUUAAUCGGACAAAAAGAACACGAUUGCCAAACCUGAAUGACUUAAAAGAGACAGCUCUUUAGUUGCCACCUGUAUUUAAAGGCAAUGCAUUCAUGAAAGUCACUACCGGUUGAAGGUUGAUUUGGAGAAGCAGCUUCAAACACAUAUUUAAUCCAGUACUUCUAGCUAUUGAUAUGUCCAAUACGCUUUUGUGAAGCUACACUGUGCAGCAAACCACCCCAACUACUUCUAUUAAAUGUUAGGUUGUGGCAUUAGAAUGUACAAUAACAGAAGAUACUGUUAAACUAUUGGUCCCUCUAUAUGUUUCAGGUUAAAACAAAGACUGGUUAAUACCCAUGUAGAGAGGUUGUUUUUUUUUAUAAUAAAAAUAAUAUGGUCGUGUCAUGGCAGCAUAAAUGGGGGCUGUCCUGCCAAACUUUCGUAAAUUAGAGCCAUGAAAUCAACAAUUUUACUCUUUAAAGUUAAAUCUCGUUUACAUUUAGGGGGUUAUUUAUCAAAGUCCGAUUUUAUCUCAACUAGGGAUGCACCGAAUCCACUAUUUUUGAUUCGGCUGAACCCCCGAAUCCUUUGCGAGAGAUUCGGCCGAA